UGGGCGUGGUCAAAGCUUUACGUAGGCGGAUAGCAUGUAACCAUAGAAACAGCAUAGUCGCAGCUCGUCUGUUGACUCUGCAGAAGCUAACUACAUGAGCAAUAACCGCGUUUAUCGGCCUGCUUGACAAUUUUUAAAACCUUGGAGGGAAAGUACUUACAUCUCGACCUGUCAGGUAACAUCGAUGCGUAGCGAAUGUUGGUUUUCCUAAGCCAGUUUACCGGUUUUAUCCCCUUAGCGAAGAAUGUAGCUUUAGCGUCCGAGGUAAGCAAGAAGAGUUCCGUUAACGGUUUGGCCGACUACUUCCGUUACAGUUUCAAAAUAAAAUAGAAGUGUUUCUCAAAUACGAAUUUGAAGUAUAAAUUAUAAUUUAACUUACUAUUAUUACUUAUUAUUACCUUAUAAUGAACUUAUUAGUCACUAUUUCCAGUGGUAAGCAAACAAACCCUUGCCAUUUAAUAUGGGUUGUGACGGUAGUCCUGCAAUUAAUGCAUUUUUUUUUUCAGUCGGAAAGUAGCCUAUAUUUGGAUAAGGUUAAAGAUUGAAUUUCUAAGUUUGACAUUAUAACUAAGAUAUUUUUUCGCUUGCUCGCGUUGGUACCUUAGAUUUAAAAUGCAUUGUUAUAUGCCACCUAUUGCUUUUUUCAUUUUAGCUUUUACAUCUCAAGUGGGCGUGAAAAAAGGACUGCAAUAGGCUCUAAAACGUUUUGUUUCAUCAUAGUUUUAACGUUAUAAUUUGACCUAAAUAUUUAACUUUGUUCGAAACUUCAAAUAUUUGACGUUUGUUUAUGUCGAUGACCACUCAGGUUGAAAUAGUUGCGGCUUUUAUUUUGAAGGGGCUAGCCUGACACUGGAUACCGUCAUGUUUUUAAAAGAGACAACUUCACUUUUUAUCUUUCGCAACGUCCCUGCAACAAAUGUUUAAAAUGAUACCUGAUACCUGUGCUUUAAUUGUGGUACUAACCGGAAGAGACACGCUUUAAAAUGGAGCAGAAAAUGAGACGGCUGGAUACAAAAAACAUCAUUAACUCACUGUAGUCGGUCACUUUGUUUGCAAGUAAAGUAAUAUGGUUGAUCCAUGCUUUUUUAUGGACACUUCCAGGUGUAAUUUGAUCAUUUGUCCCUCUUGUAGGGUCUUAAGAAGCUAAAGAAGAUGUCAAAUGAUCUUGCUGGUGUUUGGGAGGUCGCACUGAGUGAUGGAGUCCACAGGAUAGAGUUUGAACAUGGCACGACCACCGGGAAGAGGGUCAUCCUUGUAGAUGGAAAGGUAUGCAGCUGUAAGAAUGUCAACUGUUUAUGAAUCACAGCCUCUCACAGUCAGUUGGUAAUAUCAGACUUUUUCCCAUCAUGUUGCAGGAGGUGUUGAGGCGAGACUGGAUGUUCAAACUUGUGGGGAAAGAAACGUUCAAUGUGGGCAAAUCUGACACAAAAGCAACCAUCAACAUUGAUGCAGUCAGCGGGUUUGCAUAUGAGUACACCUUGGAGAUCAACGGGAAGAGCUUGAAGAAGUACAUGGAGAACAGGUCAAAGGUCACAAGCACCUGGGUGUUGAACCUUGACGGCGUUGACUGCAGGGUGGUCCUAGGUGAGCCUCUCUUUGAGUGUAAAUGGAUAUUUCAUAGAGUGAUUUCCGCCCCCCCCCCCCGAGAACCAUCCACUAUUAUUAUGUUGACACUGAGGCUAAGCUCUUUAACAGCUUUAAGCACCAUGCACCACUAUCCUGGACGGUUAAUCCUCCUUUUAAUUACCGCUUGCAGUGUAUCAGGCGGCACGACACCUGCAGACAUGUGCAGCACAUUAGCACGACUGCACGAGUGCGCAAAUCUGAUUUAUGCAUUACACCCAUAACAUCAUUUUGAUACAUCUCGUCAAGCUUUGGCAGUGUAAGACGGUUGACCCUUGUCGCUAGUGAGCUUCUGGUCGUCUGCUGUAGCCUCGCUGUAGGAGCCUGUAAUCUUACCAAUGUAGACAGCGGUCACAUAACAAUCAGGACAGCGGUCUCAUGCUUUUGCUCUGGGAAGCCACAAGCUGAUUAGAUAAACAAAACCCUUAAAACAAGACACAAUGGCUGACAGCGCUGGAGAAAAGAAAAGACUACAGCCAUGUAGAACACUGGUUUUCAACUGGUCUCACUCUGGAAACCACAUUCCCCAUGGUCCUUAAGUAACAACCAUAGACUGUAUAUACUAUAGACAACUUGGUUCUGCCUCCCGCCAGUAUACUGAUUUUAAGACAAAAAGCUCUCGGUAUUUCUGUGAUUUUUCUUCAUUUCCUGAAACCAGUGCUGCGCAGUAGCGUUGUGGGCAUUUGGCUGGAGAGCGCUGUGAUGACGCUCGGCUCAAACAGCGUAUCCCCCGGGUGAGAUACGCAAUCCCUGAACGCCAAUAGGCUGUAUCAGGUGUCAAUCAAAGAAAACAUGAACCCCCUAAUAACUUUUACAAAACAGAGCUUCACAGAAAAAAGAGGACUUGAGCACAAACUAGUCUUACCAUAACUACAUGUCAACAUCACAAGCAGGGGGGAGAAAAAUUUGUCCACAGCUUCAUAAGCUUUGCUGGCGGAGGCAGGAUUUAUGACCUAUACUGCAGCCCAUCAACAGAAUGUGUUGUUCUCGGAGUGGCUUCACCCAGCAAGGAGGCAGACUCUGUCCAUUCUAUAUACAGUCUAUGGUCACGACCCACUUUUAUAGAAUUCAGACCAAGCAAAUUCACUUUUUUCUAAACAAACCCUUCAAAGACUUAAAUCUUUAACACAAAUACACCCGUUUUAUCAAGUAAAGUGCAUUUCAGGGCACAUGACAACUACUGAAGUUGCAUAUACAGAAAAUAUCAAGUAAAUAUUAAAUUACACAAAAUAAGCUAUUUUUCAAAAUAAAAGACAUGUCAAACAUCAGAUGCGCAUUAAAUAUUUUCUUUUUUGACCAGCUGUUUGCGACCCAUCCAGAACGUCUCAGCGACCCACUUUUGGGUCGGGACCCACCAGUUGAGAAUCACUAAUAGAGAAAACACUCUGGGACAAAUUUAGUUAAAUUAAAUACUUUAUCCACUCUGAAAGUUUCAUUGAUUCAGUUUAUGUAUUCUGUCUUUCAGAAAAAGACACCAUGGAUGUUUGGUGUAAUGGACAAAAUAUUGAAACUGCAGUAAGUAUGACCAACAGAAAUUUUAGAUGAAUUUGAUACCAAGAGAAAUCACUAUCAAAAGUGCAGCUGAGCUUCUGCCUGUACUACACUUGUUCUCUUUCUUAUUGUUCUCUUUCGUCCACCCUUUCAUAUCUGCAGGGCGAGUUUGUGGAAGACGGCACAGAAACACACUUCACGCUCGGAGACCACAACUGCUGUGUAAAGGCCGUGAGCAGCGGGAAGAGACGAGACGGGAUCAUUCACACCCUGCUGGUGGACGGCACAGAGAUAGCCGAGUGCACAGAGUGACUGUGUCAGUGGGUGUGUGCACAUGUGUGUUUGCAAUUGUAUGAAAGCAGAGGAUAUGUGUCAAGUAUCUGUUUAACAGAGGGAGUGUGUAGAGCAGAUCAUCGUCUUUUUAAGCUGUAAGAGUCGGGGAAUGACCUAACAGAGACAUUCACUCCUGUGACUGGAUGGCCAUCAUCCAUUUGCUGUAUUUGUUCUGUCAGCGUGAGGUAAUAAACACAAACUUGAAAAUUCACCUGCAGUCUGGGCUGGAGGAUACGGACAUAAAUCUAGAGAAUAAAUUAAGUAUCUCAAACCAAAAAAUUAAAAUGUCCUUUUUUAAUUUCUUUUUUUAACACAUCUUCAGUUAUGUUCUGAACUUUGAUGUGCCAUAUUUAUCUAAUUCAGCCUGGAGCAGCUGGAUCUGGUCACACAAGCAGCAGUUUAGAUGUUCUGUUUCUGUUGUUAUAACCCUGUGAUCAUCCUUGUAUUUUCAAACAUGACAAACUACAUGGAUUAAAGACCACUCCUUCGUCGCUAUAUCACCCCACUGUGAGCUGCUAGGAAGUAAUUGUUGUCUUAUGUUGAAAAUGCUGUCAGUGUUUGUUCAGCGUGUUCAUAUUUCAGAAUAAUGUUAUCAGCUUUUAGCAGACUGCUGUAGAUGUGUUUAAACAUCCUCGAGGGCAUUGCCUACAAUCUAAAGGCAGUAAUAAUUAGACUGACAAUCAUACAGAUGUGACACUAUGUACAGUAAUAAUCUUGUAGAAAACUGAGCUUUAUCACAAACUCGCUGAUAGCCAAACAUACUUUCUUAAACUCUGUCGUACUCGCUGGUUUGUUGGGGUCUCUUUUAUUAAGAAAUAGUCAAAUGUUGUUGUUGUUAAAAGAAUUUAUCCUUGACAUUUUUAUAAAAUCAUAGUCACAUAUUAAAGUUAUUUACUGAACAUUGCA